AUCCUAGUGAAAAUCAGGAGAUGGUGAGGAACAAAGAAAUCCUUCUAUUACCAUCUUGGAGCGUUACUUUUGGUAAUGUUCUCUUGCUUUCUUCAUACAGGCUAUUACAUCACACAAGCAGGUUGUACUUUUGUGAUGUCAGUUUAUGCUGCAUAGAUACUGUAGCAUGCUAGUGUUACAGGGCAGUCUAUCCUCAGUGACGUCUAUCCUGCUGACAGGGAGAAUGCCAAGGGAAAUGAGGAAUUACUAUUGGUAUUAGACCCCUGUCCUUAUAAUGGUACCAACCUUUGUUAAGAGGAAAGCCUCAAACUUUCCUAAUUAGUAACAACUGCAUGGCCAAGUCUUCCUUGCCUCUGAAGACCUUUAGAAUCCAGCUCCAGAUAGCUGAAACUAAUGAGAUAUUUUCACUACCUCGGUGCCAGAAUGACUUGACUCUGAAGCAGCUUAAGUCUGAUUUAGAGUUAUUGACUGGGAUCCCCUUUCAUUUCCAACGGCUUCACUACCUGGAUGAAAAUCUGCUAGAUGAUUCUACAUUUAUGGACAAUGAUAUUGUCCCUCGUGGAACAAUUACAAUGCGUAUCUGGAGACAAGAUGGCUGGGGACAACUCGUGGCAGCUGCUGCAGAAGGAGACACGAUGAAGCUGGCCCAACUGGGAGUUACAAAGGAGUAUGCUGGCACCUCUCCAUAUGCAAAGAUACUGGGACCGAAGCAGAAAAAGGAGUGGGUAGCACACCGUGCUUUUGUGGCUCUGUUUGUUGCCAGCCACAGAGGUCAUGUUAACGCUGUGAAGUUUCUCCUGAGUCAUGGUGCAAAUGUGCACUCUAAAACUCCACUGGGAAGGACUGCACUGCACGUAGCUGCUGUCAUGGGCCGCUGUGAGUGCAUCGAGCUGCUGGUGAGCUGUGGGGCACGAGCCCUUGACCCAGACUGCGAGGGGCAAACUGCGAUGGGAACUGAAGCAGGAGAGCGUGACUGUUGUGGCCAAAGUCACCCUGGGAGUCCACAGAACUGCAUCCUGACCUUUGAAGUCCGGUUUCAGUAUCUUUAUCAUGUAUUGCCUUUCUGUUCCCUUGCUGCUGAAUCUAAGAUUAAAUAUGCACAUGUGUAUCGAGAUAAACAUGUUCUACAUAUGUUUAGCCAAAUUCUGACCUUAGGGACAUUAAACAGGCUCUCACUGAUAUAGAUAGGAGUGCUUUCAUGAGCGGAUUCAACCCAAGGAAUACAAACCAGCGUUGGCAUUUAGUUGGUGAAACAUCCUCUUGUAGGCUUGAGGUGGAACUGGCGUUUUAACCAACUUGAAUGUCUCUGUGAGGUCUGGAGAAGGCAAGCCAGGCCAGGGGGUAACAAACUGCAAGGCUGGUUGUCUGACUUCUGUAAUGUCUGCACACCAGAUAUUGAUUAAUGAUUUGCAUGUAAGAAAUGAAUUAAUGGAUGCCAUAGGUUUUUGAGGAAAUAGGGUGUCCUUAUCUAUUUCUUCAUAUUAAAAAAUAAAUAAUGAGAAAAUGGCCAGCACAGAGCCCUUCUUCAAAACAGCGUGAGAUUUUGGCUCACUGGAUACGAUGAUCCUUUCUCAUGUUUGAAUGCUUUUGUUAUACCACGAGUACUGUCUGCAUGCGCACUAUUCAGCUCCAGCACAACUACAGCAAUACUGCCAAAUGCACAGUAAGAAGAAUAUAAAACGCA